CUAUUAUCUACCUGCUGUGAUAAUUUUCCUUUCAUUCUUCACUUCAAAUCAUUUCAAAUGGACACACUGCACACUACAAUGGCGGGUAUGAUGGAGCACUUUAAUAAGACUAUGGCUGAGUUCCAAAACCAGCUGAAGGCAAACAACACACCAGCUACAGUGCCUUCGCUUGAAUCUGACUUUGUCACUUUCCGGAGCUUUAUAACAACUGCACUCACUAGUCUUCAGAAGCAAGUGGAAAUAAUUGCCCGCCAACAAGAACAGAUGGAGAUGCGUAGUAGACGCAAAAUGUUGUUGCUGCAUGGAGUGCCAGAGUCACAACGGGAAUCUGUAGCCCAGGUGGUAGCGAAGGUCGUCAUAGACAGGCUGGACAUUGGAGACUUCACCACAGGACAUAUCUCUCGGUGUCACCGUCUUGGUCGUACAUUGAAAGACAAGCCUCGCCCGAUAGUUGUGAAGUUCCGUGACUUAGACAUCAGGAAUGAGGUAUGGUAUGCCAAAACUAAACUUAAGGGCAGCGGGAUCACCAUGUCAGAAUUUCUGACUGCGGCCAGACACAGUGUAUUCAUGGCAGCUCGACAACACUUUGGCAUCAAAAACUGUUGGUCGCAUGACGGUUUCAUCGUCGUCGCUGAUGGGGAUGGUACAAGGCAUCGCAUAAGUUGUUCUGGUGAGCUGAGCAAGCUAAUUAGCUCAUUGCCGGCCUCAACAGUCCAGUCUGCAUCGACCCCAGUCAUUGCCAAAGACCCUGCCGUUACUACGAUUCGAUCAAAACGCCAUAGAAAGUAG